UCGGUGACGCUCUCCGUGGUGAUAACGGACGAGUAAAAGAUUAUCGGUGAGCGGGGUGUAUCGCGUGUGGAACAUCGAGUUGAACUCGCGCGUGUGAGUGGAUAAGAACACGCGAGUGACGAACGAACGAACGAACGAACGAACGAACGAACGAAAGAAAGAAAGAAAGAAAGAACGAAAGAAAGAAAGAAAAAAAGAAAGAAAGGGAGUAAGCAGCGCCAUCAAGCAGCGUGAUAAGAUGAAUCGCGAGAGGCGGCUGUGAAUGGCCACCGACUAAGCGAAAAAUCGGCCGACCAAUUAGCCGUGUAUCGCAAUCACGCACGGGUGGAAACUCAAUUAGCGGCCUGCAUUCGAGUAUCCCGCGGGCCACGCACCCGUGGUUAACCGGCCGAGCAUUGCGUAAACGAUGGCAGCAUUACCACGGAGGAUUAUUAAAGAAACUCAAAGAUUAAUGCAAGAACCAGUUCCUGGUAUCAGCGCUGUGCCAGAUGAUACAAACGCUAGAUAUUUUCAUGUAAUAGUAACGGGACCUGAAGAUUCGCCGUUUGAAGGUGGAUUAUUUAAGCUCGAAUUGUUCCUACCCGAAGAUUAUCCAAUGUCUGCACCUAAAGUUAGGUUUAUCACAAAAAUAUAUCAUCCAAAUAUAGACAGAUUGGGCAGGAUUUGUUUGGAUAUUCUCAAGGACAAGUGGAGUCCAGCGCUUCAAAUCAGAACAGUUUUGCUGUCCAUACAGGCACUCUUGAGCGCGCCGAAUCCCGAUGAUCCAUUGGCAAAUGAUGUAGCCGAACUUUGGAAAGUCAACGAAAGCGAAGCGAUACGUAACGCCAAAGAAUGGACUCGAAGAUACGCUAUGGACAACUGAUCUCAGCCUUGUCAGAUCGCCCAUGACAAAGCAAAGCGACGUUACUCCUACCUUUCCCAGACUUUUGAUCACCUUACCCGCACCAACUGCGUAUCCGGCACCUGUGUCCACAAUUUUGCUAUAAAAAUAAUAAAAGUUUUGUAAGAGUAAAA